AAGCAAAACGCUGCGUUUUAGAAGUGCACUGUAUUCGUGCUUCUGUCUUUGAUUUUGCAGUUAGGGAUUAACCGUACUGUGAAUCUUCCAAAAUUCAUGUUUUCCAUCGAAAUCCACUAACUUUCUAUCUCCGAAUCCCCCCGUUUCUUGCACUUUUCAAUCGGUUCCGGGAGAAGAACAACAAGUUUUUGGAGUGUUCCUUUUUUAGAACCAUGGAUAUUCAUAGUGGAGAAGAUGAUUAUGAUAUAGAUUUUAUUGUUUCCACAAUGCUGACGAGGCUGGAGCUGAAUCUUGCAUGUUUCUCAGAGAAAGUUACAAACUUGGGCAUCUUUGUGAUGAACUUGGAGACCCUUGAGUGUGAAUUGGAGACAAUGAUUUUGGAAAAAAAUGGCAUUGAUGGAAUGGUAAUGGACAUGGAAUGUGCUGAGAAGGGGCUUGAGUUUGAUCUAUUGUGUGGAGUGUUGGAUUCUGAGGUGAGGGAAUUGGGUGUGUUCUUGGGGACCCUUUAUGCUGAGAUUGCUGAAGCUGAGGAGUUUGUGUCUUCUACCAACAGCAUUAGAGAAGAAAGUGGUAAUGCUGAAGAGGGUGUGAAAAUCCCAGAGGAUGAUCACUCUUCGGAUGUCAAAACAGGAAUAAAUAUGCAAACAAUUGAGCAACAAAGACAUAUUCUGAGGAUGUUGGAGAAAUCUUUAGCAAAUGAAAUGGAUCUUGAGAAGAAUAUCAAUAAGUCAAGACAAAUCGAAGAAACGCUAAAGCUUAGGAUAGCUUCUUUAGAGCAAGAGCUAAUUCAUGCGGAGGAAGAAGCUGCUGAUGUUUGUGAAAGAUGGUUUGAGGCAGACAAUGCACGUGAGAUCUUGAUGGGAAUUUCCGUAGACCUGUUAGGCAAGCUCCAGAUUUCUCAAUUCAAUUUGAAUGGUUUAAAUCAGAGAGAAUCUGAGCUCAGAGCUAGGCUUGAGAGCGGCAAUUCAGAUCAGGUGUCUUUACUUGAAAAGCAGCUAGAAGAAUAUGAAUCUCAGCUCCUGAAUACGAAGGCUUCUGCUGAUAAAUAUCAGAAACAGUAUACUGCGAUGUGUUCCGAAAUAAGAGACAUGGAAAACCUUGUUAAAUUAGAGUUUUCCAAACUCAUCAUAUAUUAUUGCAAAAACUUUAUAUAUUUUUCUGUACACUUAAUUUACAAGGAUAAACCGUUAACUUUAUAUAUUAAAUGAUCUGUUUUAGCAACC